AUGAAGGGAGACCAGCUUGAGGCUAGUUCCGUAUUUCAGAAAUGGAAUGAAUAUGGCUCCAACAAAAGUGCUGGGAGUUGUGACAAAACUUGUGACAUAUCUAAGAGGCCAGCACGGGUGCCAUCGGCCUCAAGAUCCCUGAACCCAUUCAUAGUGUGUUUUGUUGUCAUCGCAGUGGUGGUGAUCCUGGCAUUGAUCAUAGGUCUACUUGUCUACUUUUUUGCUUUUGAUCAAAAAUCUUAUUUUUACCAUAGCAGCUUUAAAAUCCUAAAUGUUGAAUACAGUGAUGAGUUAAGUUCACCAGUUACACAGAAAUAUAGAAAUUUCUGUGGAAGAAUUGAAUCUAUGAUUUCUAAAACAUUCAGAGAGUCAAAUUUAAGAAAUCAGUUCGUCAGAGCUCAUGUUGCCAAACUGAGGCAAAGUGGUAGUGAUGUGAUAGCAGACAUUGUCAUGAAAUUUAAAUUCACCAGAAAAAACAAUGGAGCAUCAAUGAAAAGUAGAAUUGAGUCUGUUUUACAGCAAAUACUGAAUAACUCUGGAAGCCUGGCAAUAAACCCUUCAACUGAGAUAACAUCAAUAACUGACCAGGAUGCAGUAAACAUUCUCACUCAAGAAUGUGGGGCCCGUCCAGACCUAAUAACAUUGUCUGAGGAGAGAAUCAUAGGAGGCACUCAGGCUGAGGAAGGAGACUGGCCAUGGCAAGUCAGUCUACAGUGGAAUAAUCUUCACCACUGCGGAGGUGUCUUGAUCAGUAGCACGUGGAUACUGACAGCAGCUCACUGCUUCAGAAGCUACUCUGAUCCUCGACGAUGGACUGCCACCUUUGGUAUCUCCACAACAUCUCCUAAACAGAGAAUAGGAGUAAGAACUAUUUUAAUCCAUAACAAUUAUGAACCUGACACUCAUGAAAAUGAUAUUGCACUUGUACGACUUGAUAGAGAAGUCACCUUUGACAAAAAUAUCCAUACAGUGUGUCUCCCAGUGGCUAACCAGAAUAUUCCACCUGGAUCUACUGCUUAUGUAACAGGAUGGGGAUCUCGAAAGUAUAGUGGCCCUACAGUUGCACAUCUAGAGCAAGCACGGGUCAAUAUAAUAAGUCACAAUGUAUGUAAUGCACCAACUAGUUACAAUGGAGCCGUCUUGUCUGGAAUGCUAUGUGCUGGAGUAUCUCAAGGUGGAGUGGACGCAUGCCAGGGUGACUCUGGUGGCCCACUAGUACAAGAAGACUCACGGCAGCUUUGGUUCCUGGUGGGGAUAGUAAGCUGGGGUUAUCAGUGUGGUCUGCCAGAUAAGCCUGGAGUGUACACUAGAGUGCCAGCCUAUCGUGACUGGAUAACCCAACAAACUGGGAUCUAG